AUGGUAGUUGUUCUAUUGGUCCUUCGACUCCCGAAGAACAAUCAGGAUAGGAAGCUAUCAUUUUCUCACAUUGCUCAAGAACUUGACUUGAUCGGUGCGAGCUUGCUCAUCCCGGCUAUCAUAUGCUUGAUUCUCGCAUUGCAAUGGGGCGGAAAUGCCUAUGCCUGGGGGAGCUCUCAAAUUAUCGUCCUUUUUGUCGGGUUUGGACUGCUGAUUCUUCUUUUUGCCGCGUCCCAGAUCUACAUUAGUCGACAAGACGAGAACAAUGCGGCUAAGCAUCAGAGGCUCAUCUGCAAUGACUUCUGGACUUCAGGUUCUGCCGUUCAUGCUGCCACCGUGGUCUCUUCAAUCACAAUCGGUGCUAUGGUGACAGCAGCUGGUUAUUACACACCAUUUUUGAUUGGCAGCACUGCUAUUGCUGCUAUUGGAACGAGUCUGAUCACCUUAUACGAUGUUGAUAUUUCUACGCUCGAGGCAUAG